AUGUCUAACAAAUUUGGACUUAUGGCUGAAGCUGUAGUAGGAAUGGCACCUCAGCUUCCAGGCUUGAUUAAUGUUCUUUCAACAGAGAAUGAUCUUGUUGAUAUGCAAGCUAAACUUGGUGGUGAAUUGAGGAAAAUAGAAUUCCUAUCUCCUUUGCAAGUAUUUCGUAUCACCAAUGUUUUAGCCAAAGAGCACGAUUUGCUGAGGGUCUUCUUUACCAUAAAUGAUGAAGAAAAAAAAGAUUAUGUAUUUAAUCUUAUGGAGCAUGGCUUACAAUGA